AUGCGCAACCUAGGCACAGCUCUGGUAGCAGCUCUCGCCUCACUCCUCCUAGCAACCCCAGCAACAUGCGCCAAACCAAACCAACCACCCGGCAAAGAUGCAAUUCUCCUCUCCAACGUCCAAGCAUUAACCCUCCGAACAAAUCGCAUGACAACAUCCCGCCGCGUCUCCGCCGCCCCUCAACUCAAAUGUAUCGGCCACGAGAAGAUCUGCAAACUAUACGAGAUCGAAACAAUGCGCUGCAAGAAUGAAGGCUACGAUUACGAUGAGGAAGACAUCCAGUGGACAUGCACCGCGCCCCUACCUUCAGAAUUCAAGCUCGGUUCUACAGAUGUUAUCUGUGAGGGGUAUCGGAAUUCCGAUGAUCCUUGGGUGUUGAAAGGGAGCUGUGGUGUUGAGUAUCGGAUGCUUUUGACGGAUGAGGGCGAGGAGAGAUUUGGUAAGGAUGUCUAUCGUGCUUCCAAUUCACACAAGACUACGGAUAUGGUCUCGAUUGUGUUUUGGGUGCUCUUUAUUGGUGUUUUUGUUUUCAUCGUUGCUGCGGCUUGUUGGAGUGAUACACCGAUACCUGGACAGCCACGACGACGACGAUGGGGAUGGGGAGGUGGCGGUGGAGGGGACGAUGGUUUCUAUCCAGGGGGGGCCACCGCCACCUUACAGUAG